AUGCCCAUCCAAGGCCUCAGCUACGCCGUUCGGACCGCGUACGGCGACACGUUCAGGCUCGCCGUCGCCAGCGGCACCGCGAAGCCCCUGCUGGUACCCUGGUGUUUGCUGGGCCCGUUUGUUGUGCCCGCAUUGUGGUUGGCCGUUCCGCACAAGCGUCGGAUGUGGUUCUACCAUACGCGAUGGUUGGUGAUGGCGUUUAUCGUGUGGUCCAAUGUCUAUCAUUUGCGGUAUGCCUCGAGCACGAAUAUGGCGUGUGCGUAUGCGGCCGGGCUGGCGGCGACGUGGGGGACCAUUUUAAGCUUGAAUCUGCUUAUCUGGACGAGGCCGCAGUUUGACGCUGCCCGAGUGCUGAGGGUUAAGAAGGAUCACAACUUGGUAAAGGCGGCAAGUGAGAACGCAAAGACAAGCAAAAAUGGAAAUGAGAAUGGGAAUGGGAAUGAGCUUCGAACACGAAAGAGGCUACCAAAGAGAUCGAAAUCACAGACAAAUCAGCAGCAGGAGGAAUUUGAGUAUAUCUGGGAGCCUUACCCAGAAGGAGGCUUUCUUGAACGGCUAGCAUGGGCUACAGAUCUCAUACUCAGCUUCCGAUGCUCUGGUUGGAACUGGUCCGUCUCAUCCAUCCCUCGGCCCACAAUCCCUCUCCAAAUCUCUCACGGUGACAAAGUCGACAUGCACUCCAUACCAACGGUCAGCAGAAGCGGAUACAAGCUCUAUCGAACCGAGGCCGAAUUUGUGCGCGACCGCCUCAUCAAAGUCAUCGUCCUUUACUUCGUCCUCGACUUUCUCUCCGUGUACAUGGUAAAAGAUCCUUACUUUAUCCUUGGGCCCGACCACAAAAACUACGGGCUUCCGCCGCAUCUCCAAAGUAUAUCCCCAUGGCUUCUCCUCGCUUAUAGAGAAAUCUUUUGUCUUGUCGGUGUGUAUGCUGCGAUUGAGGCCGUCUUUGGUGUAUCCGACCUGGUCCAGUACUGGAUGGCCAACCGCUUCUACCCUUCCCGGGGAUCUCUAUUCCAGUUUGCCUCGACAUUCGGCUCCUUUGAACAGGUCCUCGACCGCGGUCUUGCCGGCUGGUGGGGCAGCUUGUGGCAUCAGACAUUCCGCAUGCAGUUUGCCGCGCCGGCAACAUAUCUCUUUAGAGAGGGAUACCUGAAGAGAGGCACGCGGCUUGCUUCCCUGCUGGCCAUUCUUAUAUCAUUUUCGCAGUCUGGAAUUCUGCAUGCUUCGGGCAGCAUCACGUCUGUGCCGAGAACCAAGCCCUGGAGGGCACCAGCCUUCUUCUUCCUCCAGGUGGUGGGUAUUAUGCUCCAGCAGUCCGCAGCGUGGUUCUGCAAGGCAUACAUGCCGCGGCCGCCGCAGUUUGUAUCUCGGACUGUAAAUCUCCUCUUUACAAUGGCGUGGUUUUAUUUUACAGCACCCCUUUUCAUAGACGACCUUUCGUCGACAGGACUGUGGGUGGUUGAGCCGGUUCCCAUAUCCCUGUUUCGGUUUCUUGGGUUUGGACAUGAGGGGGAUCACUGGUGGCGUUGGGAUUGGGAUCAUUUGCCCAAAUUUUAUAUCGGGGAGACUUGGUGGGAGACUGGCAUAGCACUGUAG